AACGUAUCUGUGGCAUCCUUUAAUGGAUGUGGGUGUUACAUACAAAACAAAAAAAACCGAAUCAAAAAGCGAAUGAAUGCACCUUAAAAAAUUUAGAUUUACAGGUUAAAGACUAGAGUAUGACGUUUGCGGAAGACUUUAAACACCUCUCGCGAGAAAUAGUGCACGGACGUGGGAUUUUGGCUUGAAGGGUUGUGGCUGUGGGGUAAGUGUCCACUGAAAGCGAAUGGAUGCAAAGUAGAAGACAAGUGCACCUUUUCUUAAACCGCAAAGGAUAUGAGACCAGUAUCAGUAUAACAACCCUGGAAUACAUGUUGACAUCUCCACUGUUAACAAUGCCAUUGAGCCACAAACAUGGCGACGCCUGUAUGUUAACGGAGGGCUCAGGCUAGUCCAUGGAAGCGACUGGAACAGAGCAUCGCUUUCUGUAUCACCUUUGGAAUUGUGGGGUACUUAACAGGAAUUCCCUAAUAUGAGUGAUGAUAAGCCCUUUUUAUGUACUGCUCCUGGAUGUGGUCAGAGAUUUACAAAUGAGGACCACCUGGCUGUCCACAGACACAAGCAUGAGAUGACCCUGAAGUUUGGCCCAGCAAGGAAUGACAGUGUCAUAAUUGCUGACCAAACUCCUACUCCAACUCGCUUUUUAAAGAACUGUGAGGAAGUCGGGCUGUUCAAUGAACUUGCAAGUCCCUUUGACCAUGACUUCAAAAAAGCAUCUGAGGAGGACAUUAAAAAGUUACCAUUGGAUUUGUCACCUCUUGCAACACCUGUUAUACGAAACAAAACUGAGGAAACCACAGCUGUUGAUGCACAUCGAGGCAGCCCCUUGCCACACCCUGAAUCUACAACAAGUGAUGAAAAGGACAUAUCUUUGCAGCCAACCUCACUGCCAACAUCUACUAUAGUGCAUCCUGCUUCCCUCCAAGUCCCUAAUGUACUUCUAGCAACCACAGAGGCUAGUGUUGUAAUACAGCAAGCUCUCCCAUCGCCAACCUCUAGUUCUGUUAUAACCCAAGUCCCACCCUCUAAUAGGCCUAUAGUGCCGGUGUCUGGCACGUUUCCCGUGCUGUUACAGCUGCCUAACGGUCAGACAAUGCCAGUGGCCAUACCUGCAUCAAUUACAAGCUCAAGUGUACAUAUCCCAACUGCAAUCCCUCUUGUCAGACCUGUCACCGUAGUGCCUAACGUUCCUGGGAUCCCAGGCCCACCCUCGCCACAGCCCACCCAAUCAGAAGCCAAGCUGAAGUUAAAACCCACAGUAAGCCAGCAGGUCCCUCAGGUAACCAAUGGUGAUGUUGAGGUGCAGAGUAGUGCUGUGACCCACACGGCUGCCCCGGCUUCCCCUGCCCCAACCCCUGCUCCAGUACCAGCCCCUGCCCCAGCUGCCACUCUGCCCCCAGCUCUGGCCACAAGCGAAGAGCCUUCUGCACACUCCCUGCAGCAGCCAGCCACCUCCACCACCGAGACCCCUGCUUCUCCAGCACCCCCUGCACCAACCCCCCCCAGCACAGGAGGUCGGCGGCGCAGAACCACCAGUGAAGAUCCUGACGAGAAGCGCCGCAAGUUUCUGGAGCGGAACAGGGCUGCAGCGUCCCGCUGUCGGCAGAAGAGGAAGGUUUGGGUCCAGUCUCUGGAGAAAAAGGCGGAGGACCUCAGCUCCAUGAACGGACAACUACAGAAUGAAGUCACCCUGCUGAGAAACGAAGUGGCUCAGCUGAAGCAGCUCCUCCUGGCUCAUAAAGAUUGCCCUGUAACCGCCAUGCAGAAGAAAUCUGGCUAUCACAUUUUGGAGAAAGAGGAGAGCUGUGAGGAGAUGUCUGUCCCCAGCAGCCCUCAGAAUGAGGCCAUCCAGCAUAGCUCUGUGAGCACGUCCAACGGGGUGAGCUCCUCUUCAGCUUCAGCCGCAUCUGUGCCCCCCUCCACCUCCUCCAACCAGAGCACAACCGGGAGCUGAUCCUUCUCUCUCUCCACUUUCACAAACAGAGGAGGGGAUUCUCUCAGCUUUAUUUACUCUGUCUCCUACUUUGUUUGGUGCAUUUCUUUUAACUUGUACGAAGAAAACAACUGGCACUUUAGGUGUAACAAUGGUGAUGGAAUGUUUUGUAUUUGUGACUUAUUUAAUAAUAUUAUGUAUUUAUUUAUAUAUUGUAUGUUGAGCCUCAAGCUUGGAUUUGUGAAUUGUUAAGGACUUGACCAAAGCGCCUGGCGGCUCAGUGUUAAUUUAUUUGCCUGUUUCUUGAAUUUAUAAGCACCAUGUAUGAUAUUAUGUCACUUUUUUGUAUUUUUUGCGUUAUACAUUUUGCACAUUUUGAGAGAUGACGGGUUUACCUUUAGGGUUUAAUGGUCCACUACUUCUGUACUGGCAGCUUUUCUUAGUUUUGAAUACGGCCACAAAUGUAAAUGAAUCAGAUUUGGACACUAUUAGUUGUGUGUGGGUGAGAGCAGCUGUAGUUGCGUUGUGCAGUUUGAAUGUCUGACCUCCACUUGUACAAAGGUGUGAGGAGGUCCAGGGGUUAGAGAAACGUGUGAACUCAUUUACAUUACAUCUGUAGUCUGAUUGUUUCUGGAGCAGUGAUUGUAGGGCCUUCUCAUUACUCAAUCAUGGUGAUGUGGACUCAUGCAGUGCCAUUAACGUUUUCUAUCAAAUCUUUCAGUACAUAUCACUAUUAAGUUGAAGCCUGUUGUUUCAGAUGAAGGCUCUGAUGAAGGAAAUUACCUAAUGAGGAAAGACCUGGCUGUAACAGUCUUUCCUGAUGUGUGCAGAGCACUUUAGGGCUUAAUGCUGUUCUCUUGAGUGCAUUUAGGAUCAUUGUAAAUAACAUUGUAUGUGGUCUUGGUGUUCUGUACCUUAAGGUUAGUCAGGACUGUAGCUGAGCCCAGGUACCACAGGGCUAAAUUUCAGUCAAUAGAUACGCCUUAUUGACUGCCUAUCUUAAAUAAAAGAAGAUGUGAACAGGAAUCACAGUUUAACCUAAAGAGGAUGUAUAUUAGAAUACUACUUCUGCUUGUAGUACCUGCAAGAAUUGAUUCAUCUUUGGAAUAUGUAGAAGCCAGUCACAUCAUGGAGUCAGUUUGCCUUUUCUUAGUUUGUAUUGCUUACUACUGUGUAGUUUAAAGACAAGAUAACACUGUUUUCUUAAGAUCAUUUUUAAAGUUUGAUUGUUAUGUGCUAUUUGCAUGAGAUUACAAUUCUCUGCGAGAAUUACUGUUAAUGUCUCUGAAAAUAUUAUUAGACAAGUUCAUUCAACUAAGUUAAUGAAGGCUUUUUGUUUGACCUCAACUGCUUAAAGGGGUGUGAUUCUGUGUUGAAAGUGUACUUGUAAUUUGUGGAAGUUCUGUAAAACAAGAAUUGAUAAGUCGUUGUAAUAAACCUUUUAAUAUCUCUUUAA